GAUAUAUUUAUUUUUAAAAUGGUAACAAAUAUCACUAAUAAUCAUGUUAGGGAGUUGAUGCAUAUAAGAAGACAAGAGUACAAAGAAAUGUUUAAAGAAAGGUGACCUCAACAAACCUUUAUUUGAAAUUGUUAAUCAAGGUAUUUUAAUAAUUGAUUUGAAUCCUAGCUAUAUAAAUUCUUAGCCAGAAGAACAGAUUCAAAUUUCAAUGCAACAGUCUUAAGAAGACUCUAAUAAACAAGAACAGCCAGAUAUCCAAUUAGUGUUAGCAGACUUGUUAAAUAAAUUAAUACAGCCAAAGACAAGACUAGAACACUUGUUGUUGUAGGCACUGUCACAGAUGAGUAAUUAUUUGUAAAAAGCAUUUAGUGUACGUCUCCUCACUGUUCCAAAGAUCAACGUGUGUGCUUUGAGAUUCACAGAGACCGCAAGAAAGAGAAUUCUUGCUGCUGGUGGAAAGGUCUUGACUUUCGAUCAAUUAGCACAAUAAAACCCAACAGGUAUAUAAAUAAUUAAUAUUUAAAGGCACUGGAACAAUCUUAUUGAGAGGACCAAGAGUCAGAGAAGAAUUGAAGCAUUUUGGCAGAGCUGCAGGAUUACCAGGAUCACAUGCUAAGCCAUAUGUCAGCCACACUGCAAGAAGAGGAAAGGGUGCAAGAUGAUUGUUCUUUUUAAGUACAUUAAUAUAUAAAAACAUCG